UAGAGAGAGAGGACGGUCCUGUUAGAACUGAGGAACUCCUUGCUGGUUUAUUCCAAAAGAGAGAGAGAGAGAGAGAGGAGCAUUUUAUAAAAUCCUACGUCUGCAUUUUUGCCACCUGUACAUUAUCGAAUGCAGAAUCGGGAUCCGUCCAAAACUGCAUCAUUCACUUGUGGAAAUAAUAAUAAUCAUAUUAAUAAUGCUAUUUUGAGUUAAUAAAGCACGGUAGUCUUUGCAGUUAGACUCGUCAACCUGCCCGACCCGCGGUGACUACUGGCGGCUCACCAGUGCUGAAAGGCAGUUAUGCAGAAAAGUUCCUGGCAACUUUUGAAGACAGUGAAAGAAGAAACGACUGACUAAAUUCUUAAACCUACGCUGAUUCAGCAUUACGGUUUUUUACCGUCGGUGUGUCUUAGGACGGAUCAUCUGGAAUUAACUGUUUAAACUGUUUAACUGAAGCCAAACAAGAAUUUGCAAUGCGGUUAGCGGCGCUAGUGAUAAUAAUUCUGGCGAACUUCUGUGACAGAGGCAUUAAUGGUCAAGGCGGAGCUAUAAAAAAUGUAAGAUCUUCCAAUAUACGACGCGAAGCUGGCAAUCACCUCACAGACUUGUACCGGAAAGAAGAAACCAUCAUCUUCUCUGAAAAUGGCUUUGUGCAGAGCCCACGCUUUCCCAGCAACUACCCCAGGAACUUACAUUUGACAUGGAAAUUAUCUUCACCAGAAAAUACCCGUAUACAACUUGAUUUCGACAGUCGCUUCGGCCUGGAGGAGCCAGAAAAUGAUAUUUGCAGGUAUGACUUUGUUGAGGUUGAAGAUAUUUCAGAAACCAGUACUGUCAUCAGAGGUAGAUGGUGUGGCCAUAAGGAAGUUCCUCCCAGAAUUAUAUCUAAAGCAAACUGGAUUAAAAUCACCUUUAAAUCAGAUGACUAUUUUGUGGCCAAACCUGGAUUUAAAGUUCAGUUCUCUCUUGUGGAUGAUGUGCAACCUGUACCUUCAGAAACAAACUGGGAAGCAGUUACUCUUUCAGUGUCUGGACUGGACAUGUUUUCCUCUUCUGUAACUGAUACCCCUUUGCUAGCCGCUGUCCUUGACCUGACAAUUGCUGCUUUUACCACAGUGGAAGAGGUCCUGAAGCACAUAAACCCAGACACCUGGCAAGAGGACUUAGAAAAAAUAUAUAGUGAUACCGGUCACUACAGGCCUCGAACAUAUCACCAGGAAAGAAAACAAAAGAUUGACCUUGACAGAAUGAAUGACGAUGUAGCACGCUACAGCUGUACUCCUCGAAAUUACUCUGUAAAUCUCAGAGAAGAGCUGAAGGUGACCAAUGCUGUUUUUUUCCCCCGUUGCCUGCUGGUACAGCGUUGUGGUGGGAACUGCGCAUGUGGCACAGAGAACUGGAGAUCCUGCACCUGUGGUGUGUUAAAAAAGUCCACGAAGCUUUAUGAGGUGCUCAAAUUUACUCCUGACCUUGGCCAUUUCAGGAAGAGAAGCAAAGCGAAAAGUGUGUCACUAACUGAAAUUCACCUUGAACACCAUGAGCGAUGUGACUGCAUCUGCAACUCAAGACCACCACGAUGAAAGUUGGACAGUCAGACACUGUUAAAUACAUUUAUUGUCCUUUAGGCCAAGGAGCAUUUCCACUCUGCUGCAUUAGGAAUGAGUAUGUGACUUGCUGUGCAUAAGUUAAACUUUCUGUUAAACUUGCAUUGUCUCACAUAAAUUCUGUAGUCCUCUGUUGCAAGGCAUUAACACCUAUAAGUAACUUUGUGAUACAAGAAUGGAACUUCGCUGACUUCUGCAGUAUCCAUUCUUAACUUUGGACUCUUAAUAAACUUGCACUUGCUCCCAACCUCCACCUCCUCCUCCUCCUCUGCUCAUUCACAUUGAUUCUAAAAUUGUAAUCUAGUAUUAGAGAAAAUAUAUUAUUUAUUUCUUUUAUCUUUCAUUUAUUAGAUUGUAACACUGAAUUAAUUGCAUUCAGAAUAUGAACAGUGACACUCGGCAUACAGCAGCAUUCAUUAUAUCCCUUCCUUUUAGACUAGAGAUGGGCUCUGUACUUUAAUUUUUGUUUCAGUGUGGUAUCUAGCAAUCAAGCAUUACACAGUGUGUUCAUUUGAACUACAAUGUUAUAAGAAAACAAUGUGCAAGAUCGAGUCAUUUUUCUUUAAACUCAAUAUAGUGUAGUGCUUUGACCCCCUCCUAAUUUUGAGACUUCUGAAAUACUAAAAAGUGAAAUGAUAUUGAUACAGUUCUGUCCCAGACUUUAUGAAAAGUAUUUUUAGUUUUUCAGAAGAAUUUUUGUGGAUAUUCAGUUCUGUUUAUUGAUAUGAGAAUUGGUGAAGUAAAAUGAGGUUGGGCAAAAUAGUCUAUCAUGGCGUAUCUUUAUACACAAUCAAAUGCAGGAAAGCAUUUUUAUAUUGCAGAA